UAUUCGAUUCCCAAAUGGUGUUGUUCUCUUCACAAUUCCCCGAUGAGACAUUUGGGGUCAUAAAUUCUGCUCUCGUGGAAUUACUUUUAGCUGAAAGAAUGUUAUUUUUUACCAAGCCUAGAAGAGGUAGCUUACAAAUGAAUGUUCCUAAAAUCAAGAGCCCUCUUGAAGUUUUGAGAGAAACUCAAGAAAGAGCUGGUGUGGAUGGUACGAAACCGUAUAACUCAGAGUGUGCCGGUUGUACUGAAAAAUCGGAAAAGUCAGUCCUGCUCUCUGGCGGAACAGAUCCCAUCACGGACCCUUUGGUUUUGUUAAGGAGAUUUCCUUCACAAUACCAUCCUGUUCCUGUUACGUAUCAAGUGAAAAAAUCACCUUUAUUCCCAGCGUUCUCCUGGAGACAGGGUUUACUGGAAAUAAAGGAAAGAUGGCUGGUCAUUCGUCAAGCAGCUGAAAACUUGUCUUCAUCAAAGACGUUGGCAGAUAAGCAUAGCAGCGUUGAGUCAACAGAGUCGUGUUCUUCAGAAGAAAGCUCUGGGACAGUUGAGGCAGAUAGUUUGGAAACGCUACCCGAGUCACAGUCACCUCCCUUUCGGAAGACAGACUCUCUUCGAAUAAGAGUUGCUUUUCCUUUGAUUGGAGCAAAAGUAAAACUUAUCAAUGGUCAUACUCUGAGAGUAAAAAUUUCGACGCAAAAUUGUGAAAGCGAAGAUAUAUCAGAAAAUACUUCCGUGAUAAUGGAUAAGGAAGACCAAUUUGCUGCUGACGGUGCUCUUAUUUUGCAUAGUGGAAGAGUUUAUAUUCAUACAGAUGAAGCAUCGGCACUGUUUCGUAUUAUCUCGAGAAUUGCCAGUUCCAGAUUAGCUUCUGUGGAAGAUUAUGACUUCAUUGCACCAGUUGGAAAAGGCGCGUCAGGAUCAGUUUAUUUUGCCAAGUCAAAAUUGAACGGACAGCUUGCAGCUAUCAAAGUCAUAGACAAGUCAAAGGUGUUUGGCGCUUCCAGUACAUCAAGACAUCUCACAGAUGAACGACUACUACUGCAGUUGGCUGGAAAACAUCCGUUUAUUUUAGGUUUACGUGCAGCUUUCCAGACAAAAGAAAAGUUCUAUUUGGUCACAGAGUUUUGUGAUGGAGGUGAUUUGUUUUAUUAUUUACAUCAUCAUCGCAGAAAAGUUCCUGAACAUCAAGUCAAAAGAAUCGCUGCAGAAAUACUACUUGGUUUGGAAGAGAUUCACCAAAAUGGCUUUGUUUACCGAGAUUUAAAACCAGAAAAUAUUCUUAUUGAUAAGAAUGGCCAUAUUCGUUUGGCAGACUUUGGUCUUUGUAGACACUUGAGUAGUCUUUCCAACUGUCGAACCAAUUCCUUUUGUGGAACGAGAGCCUUUAUUUCUCCUGAAAUGUUAAAGUGUGAGAGUUAUGGAUUUUCUGUGGAUAUUUGGUCAUUUGGUGUGUUAUUGGGUGAUAUGUUAUGUGGCAAGUCUCUUUUUUAUCAUAAGAAUCGUUCAGAGAUGUACCGACGUAUCAAAGGAAUGUCUCUUUCAUUUCCAAAGGAUAUCUCAGAGGAGGCUCGUUCAUUACUUAAUGGCUUGCUAGAAAGGGAUCCUUUACAAAGAUUAGGUUGUUGUUCUGAAGGUAUUGGUGAGAUUAAGAAGCAUCCAUUUUUUGCGGAUAUAAAUUGGAAUGAUAUUAUGCAAGCUGGUCUCCAGGGUCACUAUGUGAAUAUAUGGGGGGAAGAAAAGUUAGAAAAGGAAUCACGAGGUCACAAUGGACCCGAAGAUACUCAUUACUAUCUGCGCAAUUUUGAUAUGGAAUAUUUAGCAAAGCGUUCCAUUACUCCAGUAUUUGAUCAGCAUUCGACGAGUUCAACUUCUGAUGAAUGGAAUAUUACAAGGCACCGAAGUGGUUUUCGAGGCUUUGGCCAUAUUUUGAAGCCGUUGUUUGGUGUUAAUUCAUCCAAGUGUCAUUCUCAUGGGUGCAUUUUAGGGUUUGAGUUUGAAGAAGAUGUUUUAUCUAGAAAACAACGCAAUUCUUCUUUGUUACGGUUGCAGUCGUAUAGUUCUUCUGUUGGAUCUUCGUUGUCAUCUCAUGAAAGUGUUUGAAAUGUUUCUUAUUUGGGUGUUGUACAUAGGAGAGUGAAAGAAUUGUACA